AUGGGUGCUGCCGAUGGCGGUGCCGCCGUCUACGAUGCCGCAUUGAAGCGACGCCAGGAUCUCAUGGGCGCAUCUGGCCCGAAGGCAUUAGUCAAAAACUUCAAGGUGUUUCGGAUCGCAGCAUUUGCUUGUAUAGGCGGUGUUUUGUAUGGCUAUAAUCAAGGAAUGUUCUCUGGUGUUCUCGCCAUGCCUUCAUUCCAAACACACAUGGGCGAAUACGACCCCAUCGAUCCCAAUGCUGAUCAGACAAAGAAAGGCUGGCUCACUGCCAUCUUGGAACUGGGGGCCUGGAUCGGUGCAAUCCUGUCUGGCUUUGCUGCCGAAGUUCUUUCCAGGAAAUACGGCAUCCUGGUUGCAACGACAGUAUUCAUGAUUGGUGUCGUUAUUCAAGCCACCGCUCAAAGUGGAGGCGCCAAUGUCAUCCUUGGUGGACGUUUUGUUACCGGUAUUGGAGUUGGAAGUCUGGCCACAAUCGUGCCAAUCUACAACUCUGAAGUGGCACCACCAGAAGUUCGGGGCGCUCUAGUCGCUCUCCAGCAGCUUGCAAUCACCUUUGGAAUUAUGGUCAGUUUCUGGAUAGACUAUGGGACAAACUUUAUCGGCGGCGUCAAGUUGGGGUCGCAAAAGGAUGCUUCCUGGAUUGUGCCAAUUUGCCUUCAACUCGGUCCUGCCGUAGUGUUGUUUCUAGGCAUGCUUUUUAUGCCGUUCUCGCCCCGAUGGCUAGUCCACCAUGAUCGAGAAGUCGAAGCUCGCAAGAUCUUGGCCAACCUACGUGGGCUUCCAGCCGACCAUGAACUCGUAGAGCUGGAGUUUCUCGAGAUCAAGGCUCAGUCCUUGUUUGAAAAACGGACCGUCGCCGAACAUUUUCCCCAUCUCCGUCAACAAACAGCCUGGAACACCUUCAAGCUACAGUUUGUAGCGAUCAAAUCCUUGUUUCAGACCAAACCCAUGUUCAAAAGAGUCAUUGUCGCCACAGUUACCAUGACCUUCCAGCAAUGGACUGGAAUCAAUGCGGUUCUUUACUACGCGCCCUCCAUCUUCAAACAGCUGGGCAUGAGUGAUACUACCACUGGGUUGUUGGCGACGGGUGUUGUGGGAAUCUUGAUGUUUCUAUUCACUAUACCAGCCGUCUUGUAUAUCGACCGUGUAGGCAGAAAGCCUGUCCUUUCGAUUGGAGCCAUUGGAAUGGCCCUCUGUCAUUUUAUUAUUGCCGUUAUUGUUGCCAAGAACUCAACACAAUGGGCAACACAAGAAGCUGCAGGUUGGGCAGCUGUCGUCAUGGUCUGGCUGUUUGUUAUUCACUUUGGUUAUUCGUGGGGACCGUGUGCAUGGAUCUUGGUCGCAGAGAUCUGGCCAUUGAGCACUCGACCCUAUGGCACAGCCCUGGGAGCAUCUAGCAAUUGGAUGAAUAAUUUUAUUGUCGGUCAAGUGACCCCUGAUAUGUUGCAAAGCAUUGGAUACGGCACAUAUGUUCUGUUUGGUAUUUUGACCUCGCUGGGUGCUGCAUUCAUUUGGUUCUUUGUCCCCGAGACCAAGCGGUUGACACUAGAAGAAAUGGAUGUCAUUUUUGGAUCCGAGGGGACAGCUGCUGCUGAUUUUGAACGCAUGGAGGAGAUCAAUCGUGAGAUAGGCUUGACCGCGAUUCUUCAGGGUAUGGCUGGCGAGCAUAGUCACCCCACAGAUGAGAAGAACGUGGCAGUUGAAGAGGAGGGCAAAGAGUGA